AAUCAGUUGGUAUAAACCCGCCUGUAAAUCCACUGAAGAAGAAGGGGAGGAGGAGGAAGAAGAAGAAUGCCGAGAGUUAGCUUUAUUACUGUGCAAUUUAAGUUAUACAAACGAUUGGAGUUGAAGUAAGCGAGUCGUCUCCGAAUAGGGGAGCUGCACUACUGCACACCUUUGAGCAGCAGUACGAUGCAGGCAGGAGUCUGUCUGAGAUAAGACACUGAGACAACACUACCAGAGUUUACUGAGCAGCACAGGACCAGACAGAAAGAAGAGGAACUCAGCGGAGGUGUGUCUGUCCACAUGGCAGAGUCAGAGACAGAGUGUGCUGCACCAGGACUCAACACACUGGAGCCAGAGGGUGUUACAGCACACAGCGGGGUCAGUGAUGUACACCACACACACACACCACUGAUUAAAACAGAAACUGAUCUGGGCUCCACCCACACUGGGGAUCUUAAGACAGAGAACCUAGAUGGUACAGAGCUGGGAUAUGUAACCCAUCUGCAUCCUGACCAAAUCAAAACAGAGACUGAUGAUGGAGGAUACCUUAAGGCGGAACACAUCAGUGACCUGCUGGAUAUAAAAUGUGUUGAUAUGAAAUCCGACCAAAUGAAGUGUGAAAAGACAAUUCAUAGAAAUAAAGAUGAAAUUCAUACUGGUGAAAAGCCGCACAAGGGUACACAGCGUGAAAAGCGUUCUCAUACAAAAUCUGAUCGAAAUAAACACUUGAUAAUUCAUACAGGUGAAAAGCCAUACAAGUGUACACAGUGUGUCAAGUGCUAUUCCUCAGCGUCUAGUUUAUAUAACCACCAGAGAAUUCAUACAGGUGGUCAAAAGCCUUGGAUGUGUGAACAGUGUGGAAAGUGCUUUUCCACAAAACAUCAUUUCAAUACCCACCAGAGAAUUCAUACAGGUGAAAAGCCAUACAAGUGUACACAAUGUGAGAAACUUUUCAAUAAAAAAUCGGGGUUAAGUCGACACCUGAGAGUUCAUACAGGUGAAAAACCAUUCAGUUGUGCACAGUGUGGGAAGAGUUUCAAUGAAAAAUCUUAUUUAACAAUACACGAGAGAACUCACACAGGUGAGAAGCCAUACAAGUGUACCCAGUGUGAGAAGAGAUUCAAUAGAAAAUCUUAUUUAAACAUACACCGAAAAAUUCAUUCUGGUGAAAAGCCUUUUACAUGUUCUCAAUGUGGGAAGUGCUUUUCCACAAUGUCUUUUUUAAAUUGCCACAAGAAAAUUCAUACAAGUGAAAUGCUAUACAAGUGUACACAAUGUGAGAAAAUAUUUAAUACAAAAUCUGCUUUAAAUAUACACCUGAAAAUUCAUACAGGUGAAAAACCAUACAGUUGUACUCAGUGUGGGAAAUGCUUUUCCUCAGGAUCUAACUUAUUUCACCACCAAAGAGUUCAUACAGGUGAAAAGCCCUACAAAUGCAAACAGUGUGGGAAGUGUUUAGCUCAAAAAAGUUCUUUACAUUAUCACAGGAUGAUUCAUACAGGUGAAAAGCCCUACAAAUGUUCUCAGUGUGGGAAGUGCUUUUUGUCUGCAUCUCAUUUAAAGGGCCACCAGAGAAUUCAUACAGGUGAAAAGCCCUACAAAUGUUCUCAGUGUGGGAAGUGCUUUUUGUGUACAUCUAAUUUAAAGGCCCACCAGAGAAUUCAUACAGGUGAAAAGCCCUACAAAUGUACUCAGUGUGGAAAGUGCUUUUCCAGACUAGCUCCUCUAAAGAGCCACCAGAGCAUUCAUAUAGGUGAAAAGCCAUAAAAAUAUAAUGAUUUUUGGAAGAGCUUUUCAACACCAUCUCAUUUUUAAUAUCCUCUAAUGAAUUCAUAUACAGUAGGUGAAAAGGCAAAAAAAUGUACUGUGUUGCAAAUGUUUUUUCCCAAACAAGUGCAUGAAAUUUACACUACAUGCUUCGUAUGAAAGAAAAACUGUACCCAUGUAGUGUGCAAAGUGUUUUUGAAAAAAAGAUAAUUGGACUUGCCAACAGAGUGUUCAUGCAUGUGAAAUACCCUACUUGAUAAUUAAUACAAACAUGCCUUCAGAAUUUUUAGGACAAACAAAUGUUUUAUGGUAGUGUUAUGGCUUGCACAUGUAUGGCUGCCACUGGAACUGGCUCAGUUUUCUUUAUUGAUGAUGUGACCGAUGACUGCAACAGUAGGAUGAAUUAUAGACUGUACAGAAACACCUUGUCUGCUGAAAUCCAACCCAAAGAUCCAUAAGCAUCAAAACUCAGUGGCUGACCCUUCACCCUGCAGCAGGACAAUGACCCCAGACAUACUGUUCAAGCAACCAAGGAGCUUUUCCUGGCCUAAAAGUGGAGUGUUCUUGACUGGCCCAGUCAGUCACCCAUCCUGAACCCAAUUGGACAUGCUUUUCACUUCCUGAGAACAAGACUGAAGAAACUGAAUGCCCCCAAAAAAAAAAAAAAAAACAGGAACUGAAGAUGACAGGCCUGGCAGAGCAUCUCCAGGGAAGAUACCCUGCAUCUGGUGAUAUCUGUGAGUUGCAGACUUCAGGCAGUCAUUGAAUGUGUCGGAUUUGCUACCAAGUACUAAACAUGAUGACUUCAUUUCAUGUUAUGUUAAUUUGUCCCAUUACUUUUGCUCUCCUAAUGUGGGGGGACUGUGUAUUCAAAAGGACUGUAAUUCCUGAUAUGGAUGUAAAUGCUUUCAAAUUAAAGCAUUAAGCUUAAAUGUUGUAUUUCAAAUACAAUGCACUGGACUACAGAGCCAAACCAACAAAAAAUGAAUUGUGUCACGGUCACAAUACUUUUGUAUUUAACUGUAGCUCUGAUCAGUGUAUGUUUUCUGUCAAACAAAACUUUAAUUUUGAAUAAAUUUUCUGCAUCUCAGGGUUUAUAUUUCCUGUCUAUGACAGACUGAGCUGUGGGGCUGCUCAGCCCUUUAUUUUAACUUUGUCCUUAAAACUGACUUUCCCAAAUGUAAUUCUCUGACUGUAGGAGGCUUUUCCCCUUGUGAGGUACAGGUGCUAAAAGUGGGCUAAACUAACCUAGUAUUCCGUAUUUCAUCACUCCCACAUAACUACAGGCCUAUCUCCAAGCUCAGUUAAUUUCCAAAAUCCUCAAGAAAAGUUGUCAGCAAACAGCUAUUUUAGAGGUGUUGGAAAAUAAUAAUGUAUUUAAAAAUUUUCAAUAAGGCUUUUGUGAACCACAUUGUACUGAAAAUGCUGUACUCGGGGUCACCAAUGAUACAUGGUAUGCAAAUUUUGGCGAUUGCUCUGUUCUGCUGUUACUGGACCAUAGCACUGCUUUUAACACUUGAUUAUGUGUUCUUCUAGAUUGGCUCAAGUAGUGGGUGGGUAUAUCUGGAACUGCCCGGGACUGGUUUUUUUUCCUCUUACCUUUCUCACGCAAAACUCUCUGUAACCGUUGGUGAGUUUAUUUUGUUAUCAGCUCUGCUAAUGUGUGGUGUGCCCCAGGGAUCAAUUCUUUGUCCAAUUUUGCUCUCACUAUACAUGCAUCGAGUGGGACAUAUACGGUAAUUUGCAAUUUCAGGAGGAUUUCUCGUCAUUCCUUGGCAAACACCACCCACCUCUACCUGUCUUUUAAGCCUAAUGACUUUAAUUAAAAUGUUUAACUGCCAUUAAGAACUUAACCAUUAAGGAUUAUGAACACUGUAAAAUUGCUGUGAAAUACACUACAAAUAAAAUUUUAUUGAUUGA